AUGAAUAUGCAUAAGCUAAAACAAUAUCAUAAUUGGCCAAAAUCAAUGCACAACAGCAUUGUUAUUGGAAGAGUCUCAUUACAUUCUUCAAUCAGAUUUGGUCAAUUUUGCAUCAAAUUUGUUGAAAGCUUCAUGAAAAAUCUUCCAAACAAUGAUACAAUGCAUUUCUGUAUCACUAAACAACAUUUAAAAAAAUUAAAGGAAAAUGAAUAA